AUGGCCCUUGGCGGAAGUGCAUUUAUUGCGCACUUGGUGUUGUGAACAUUUUGCUUUCGUAGUGUCCAGUUCGAUCCUCGCGGUUUGGGUACAGUACUGCUUGAGGAAUCAGUAUGUCAUACCCUGGUAAUUAAUAGCACCACCACUGGAGGGAAGCAAUUCAGCACAGUAAUGCUAUCCGUGACGGAGGCGGUACUGGAUGGCACAACGUUGGUUAGUUGA